AUGGGGGAGAACAGUGGGCUGGAGGGGGAAUGGGGGGAGAGCAGUGGGCUGGAGGGGGGAAUGGGGGAGAGCAGUGGGCUGGAGGGAGGAAUGGGGGAGAGCAGUGGGCUGGAGGGGGGAAUGGGGAAAGAGCAGUGGGAUGGAGGGGGGAAUGGGGGAGGGCAGUGGGCUGGAGGGAGGAAUGGGGGAGAGGAGUGGGCUGGAGGGGGAAUGGGGGAGAGCAGUGGGCUGGAGGAUGGGGGAGAGCAGUGGGGGAGAGAGCUGGAGGGGAAAUGGGGAGAGCAGUGGGGAGGAAUGGGGGAGAGCAGUGGGCUGCAGGGGAAUGGGGGAGAACAGUGGGCUGGAGGGGGAAUGGGGGAGAGCAGUGGGCUGGAGGGGGGGAAUGGGGGAGAGCAGUGGGCUGGAGGGGGAAGGGGGGAGAGCAGUGGGCUGCAGGGGGGAAUGGGGGAGAACAGUGGGCUGGAGGGGGGAAUGGGGGAGAGCAGUGGGCUGGAGGGGGGAAUGGGGGAGAGCAGUGGGCUGCAGGGGGAAUGGGGGAGAGCAGUGGGCUGCAGGGGGAAUGGGGGAGAGCAGUGGGCUGGAGGGUCCAUGGGGAGAACAACUGGACUGGACUGGUCUAAAGGGAAGUUGAGUGAUUCUUUCCCCUCGUCAUCAGUUCAUAAACAGCUCUGUGAGGACCUGAAGGGGGCCCGGCUCAGCAGAUGUGAUGUGGCUAGACUGUGGAGCUAG